UUGAAAAUGACGCAUGGUUUUCCGGUGAUUGUUUUUGAGCCGGAGGAGGAGCUUGUAUUUAGAGACAAACUUGGUCAUGUUACUGGUGUUCAGCUGAUAAUUAGAAAUAAGAAUCUUGAGGAGAUUUACUUUAAGGUUAAGUCAACUGCUAGUAAAUUCUACAGUGUCAGGCCUUCCUCUGGAACUAUUAAGCCUCACGGCCAAGUCAAGGUUAUCAUUCAACCUCAUGAUGAUUCUGCUAAAUCGUUGGAUUCUGCUUUCGUUGACAACAAAUCUCCAAAAACAGCUGAUGAAUUUUGGCAAAGCUUUGAUAAGGGGAAAGUUCCAGUAACCACUUGUAAAUUGCAUGUUCGUGUUAAACGUCUGGAUUCUAAUGCUAUUUCCUCUACUGAAGCAACUAAUGGUGGAACUUCUCACAGUCAACAUCGACAAGGGCUUGAAGAUCAGGCUGAGGCAUUUGCUAAAGCGCAUUUUCAUGUGCAAAAUACUAGAGCUAAAGAGCAUGUUAAGGAUGUGGAGGCUGUUGUAAGGAAGGAGGAUCAUGAAAAGAAGACAAUCAAUGGAAAUGUGUCAAGUAUUCCAUCGAUUCCUCUUGUACGGGACAUUGUUGAAAAUAUUGGAUUAGUGGCGAAUACAGUUGAGGAAGUUCAGAAUGGUGUAAAAGGUGAUGAUAUGAAGGACGGAAAGAUUGAUGAGGCUUCUGAAUUGGAAAAGGUUAUUGGUAAAGACAAUAAAGAGGAGGGUAACAUGAUUAAGAAUAAGUUCAAAAAUUUGAAUGGUGCGGCAAAUGCGGUUGCUAAUGCUGAAGUUAUGGCGGAAAAUGAGGAGGAAAUUCAGAAAUCAUCGAAUCUCAACGUUGGUCCUUCAAAUGGUGAUUGUACAGAAGAGAUGCGUGUUCAAAUGGAGUCUCCACUUCCGAAUAACCAGCCGUCUCAUUUUACUAUUGCGAAUACUUCUAAUGAAACUAAAAUUGAUAAUUUAUCUUCAACAAUGUUUAAACAGCAAAAGCCUCUUUUUAAUUCUUCGCAAUUCUGCUAUUAUCCUAUGCCAUUUGUUGAGCCUGCUUUUCAUAGUGGAGCAGAAAGUGGAAAUGGAUAUUAUGGUCGUUAUAUUGCUAGUGUUCUUGACAAAAUGCCAAAGAAGAUUGCAAUUACUAUGAAACGUGAAAUUGCUGAACUUAUUGCUAAAUUUGAACAGAAGGUUGCUGAGGAGGAAAAUGAGUAA